UUAGCAGCACACGGGACUCGGCGUGCGAGUGUCUUCUUUCUCUCCAUCGCCAUGGCUGCCGACAUCAGUCAGUGGACCGGGCCGUUGUGCCUGCAGGAGGUGGACGAGCCGCCCCAGCACGCCCUGCGGGUCGACUACGCCGGGGUGACGGUGGACGAGCUGGGCAAAGUGCUAACGCCCACCCAGGUUAUGAACAGGCCCAGCAGCAUUUCAUGGGACGGCCUUGAUCCUGGGAAACUCUACACCCUGGUACUUACAGACCCCGAUGCUCCCAGCAGGAAGGACCCCAAAUUCAGGGAGUGGCACCAUUUCCUGGUGGUCAACAUGAAGGGCAACGACAUUAGCAGUGGCACUGUCCUCUCGGAUUAUGUGGGCUCCGGGCCUCCCCGUGGCACGGGUCUCCACCGCUAUGUCUGGCUGGUGUACGAGCAGGCACAGCCACUGAGCUGCGAUGAACCCAUCCUCAGCAACAGGUCCGGAGACAAUCGCGGCAAGUUCAAGGUGGAAACCUUCCGCAAGAAGUAUAACCUGGGAGCCCCAGUGGCGGGCACGUGCUACCAAGCAGAGUGGGAUGACUACGUGCCCAAGCUGUACGAGCAGCUGUCAGGGAAGUAGGGGUGCUGCCAAGGCCAGCAGUCCUGGGGCUCCACAGCCUUGUUGUGUAAAGCAUGCCGUUCCUGCCCCCCUUACUACCCUCUCACUUCGAGUUCUCAGCUGUGCUAGGAUAGAGGUUUAGGGUGUCUUCCUGCUCACGGCCUGUCCUUACGAGUCUGGAUAGUCCCAUCCCAGGUUCUGUUUGAUUGAGUUCAGGUUCCAUCUGGGGAGGUGUCCAGUGUUCUGAUGGAGUCAUUCUAUCGUUGAUUUAAAAGGAGCAACUCUGAAAAAAAAAAAACAUUUCUGCCAGAAUCAGGUCUAGAGGAGAGCCAGAGCUAGAGGUGUCUGUGAGUGGUUGAACAAGGAAACUUUGUCCAGAACUAGGCACAGUGGGGUUUUUAGAGUUGGGCGUUUAGGGUCCUGUCCCUCAACUGAGACAACCCAAGACUCCCAGCUUAGCUGAGCCCUGACUGUCCAGGUGAGGUGGUUGUUGCGUAGUUAUCAGUGUCCCUCUAAAGAAAGGGGCUGCUGUGGAGAGAGACCCUCUUAAGGCCCUUGCUUCUCGGUGGGGUAAGCAAAAGUCACCUGAGUUGCCGAGUGCGCUGAUCCUCCUCGUCAAAUACAAAUAAAAAGGCAUUGCAUUCAGA